AUGGAACAGAAUAUCCAUCCAAUCGUCAUUAAACUUACGAUGCCUAUUGCCAUAUUGGGUAUCAUUGGCAACUCAUUUGUUAUCAUAUCGAUAUUACAACGACGAAGUCUAUUGACAAGCAACUACUACUUCUAUAUUUUACAUCUCGCCAUUUGCGAUGAUUUUUGGCUGUUUCUACACUUUGUCUAUUUGAUCCAGUUACAACAUAAAAUAGAAGUUGUGCAUGAUCCCGUAUACUGUCCCAUUUUCGCACUAUCUGUCUCGUUUUCCGAAGCCGGAUGUUUAGCGAUGCUUACCAUUUCAGCUUUACGCUAUCGUGCAACGGCACAUCCCUUUAAAAACCCCGUCAGUCGAAGGACGUUGAAAGUUCUUUGUGCCUUGAUGUACAUUGUAUCGUUCAUUAUAAGCUACGCAACAGUCCUACCAUACUGUUUGGGUAUCGAGGACCAAAUUUGGCUGAACAUACUUAUGGGCGUAUUUAUCUUUGGUUUUUCCUUCUUCGUUACGUUAAUGAUGGCGGUCAUUUAUUGCAAAAUAGCUCAAAUUCUUUUCCACGAAAAAAACAUUUUCCCAAUAUCUCAUGAUCAGAAUGCAUUCGCCGCUUCGUUCAGCAGACAAAGAUAUCGCCGAAAUCGUAAGAUAUUUGUUGUUUGUAUCAUGACAGUGAUCUUCUACGCAAUUGGAAAUGUUCCUAUUGCCAUUGCCUUGUAUCUUCAACAAGAAAGGACACAUGCAUCGCCUGUGUUUUUUGACAUAAGUCGCUUUCUUAGAAUUGUCACAACUCAUGCUAUCAAUCCCUUUAUCUAUGGAUUUUUGGACAGAAAACUGAUGAAAUUUUGGAGAAAUUGCCGAAAAAGAAGGUAA